UGGCCAUAGAUAAGUAUAAAAGUAGAGAAUCUAAGUAUCUAUGAUCUUAGACUUUAGCCUGGUUAUUCAGCGUUUUAGCCAAAAAAUUCAGACGUACUCAUUUGAAUAAAGUGAAGUAGGAUAUCUUUUCUCUGGUACUCAGAAAACUUCUUCAAGAAUUCAAACUAAAAAUCGAAAUUAUUAUCUUUCUAUGAGGGCAUAGAAUAAUUUUCAACUCUGAAGUAAAGUGUUCUAUAAGUCCAGUUGUAAUCUGUCAAAAUUAAAUUGUGUCUCUUUCUAAUUAGGAAAACAGUCAUGAAUUAAUUGAAUGAGAAUAAUCUUAAUAAAAUAGACGUUAACGGUUGUAUAAUAAUUAAUUCGAAACUUAAGUAUGAUUUCAAAAGCGAUUCUGAUUAUUAACAAUCAUUGGUAAUCACUUAUUUUUGAAACUUUUUCGUUCUGUCCUUACAUCUGUCAAUUCAAAUUUGAAUCAUCCUACCUCCGAAAAAAAAAAUUGUCACUAAGCAACAAAUAUUUAUUGAAUAUUAUUUCAUUUUCUAUUAAGAUUUCGAAAUUUGUGCCGGUGAAUAUUUUUUCUCCCGUCAAAAUUAUUUAUUUACUGCGAAAGUUUUCGAAUUCGUGCGUUUAGAAGUUGAGGUAAGUGAAUUCAAACAUGUUAUUGUCUUUUCAGCUAUUAAUUUUUAUUCUAGGUGCUUGUUUCCACGAUGGCAGCUCUUAUAACCGACGUAAUGAGUUCCAUUGCUACCUUAAAGGACCGUAAAGGCUCGUCUCUCGAUGAAAUAAUCAAUCAUAUCAACUCCCAAAGAAAAACCAAGUUGAAAAAUGCCUCUAUGCAAGUUAAGAAAGCUCUAACGACCGGAAUUCAAAAUGGUCUUCUAAAAAAAGCCAAUGGAAAGUUUAAAUUAGGUAUCAGCUUCAGGCUGUUCACCAUGUUCCAAAACUUCAAGAAUUUGGAAAAGAGAAGGGCUCCAGUCAAGGAAAUGCAAGCAAGAGCUAGACGUCAGCAAGGAAAACAACGCAGUCUUAUUAAAAGUGCAAAGAGCAAGCAGAAAGAGGAAUCAUCAAGAAUCUCCAAGAUAGCCAAAAGUCUCAAGCUACCAAUAAUAGAAAUACGCAGUCGUGGACGACGCCCUAAGAAUACGAGGAGACGUAGACGAAGAACAAAGAGACGAAGACAUGAUGUACACACCAGAGCAGAGCCGAUGGAUCGCAGCAGACGUCCACGUCGUAAAGGAAUGAAGCGCAGGCAACGUCGGCCACGACGAUCAUCAAAAUAUGGAAGAAGGAAAUAGUGUCAUUAAACCAUGAAUCUCAUUGUAUUGAAACAUGAAACAUUUACAUUGUUAUAUUUAAUCUUUUUAUUGUAUACAUUCACUCAAAUAUAU